CGGAGUCCUCGGAGCCCCACCUCGGCGGCGCCGCCUCGCCACCCAGCAGGGCGGGAGCGCGCGCCAGCAGGGCGGGGCCGGCGGAGGCGCGCGGCCUCCGGAAGCGCCUUUCCCGGAAGGCUGGGAGGCGGCGCCGGCCUCCGGGGGCGGCUUCGGUGAUGGCGGCGGGGCGCUGGGAGCUCUCUCCCUAGCCCGGGGAGCCGCGCAGCUGGAGGAUGGCCUCGCUCGGGCCGGCCGCAGCAGGGGAGCAGGCGCCGGGGACUGAGGCGGAACCGGGCCCCGCGGGGCCACCGCUGCCUCCAUCGCCGUCCUCUCUGGGGCCCCUGCUCCCCCUGCAGCGGGAGCCGCUGUACAACUGGCAGGCGACCAAGGCGUCGCUGAAGGAGCGCUUCGCCUUCCUCUUCAACUCAGAGCUGCUGAGCGAUGUGCGCUUCGUGCUGGGCAAGGGCCGCGGCGCCGCCGCCGCCGCCGGGGGCCCGCAGCGCAUCCCCGCCCACCGUUUCGUGCUGGCGGCCGGCAGCGCCGUCUUCGACGCCAUGUUCAACGGCGGCAUGGCCACCACGUCGGCCGAGAUCGAGCUGCCGGACGUGGAGCCCGCAGCCUUCCUGGCACUGCUGAGAUUUCUGUAUUCAGAUGAAGUUCAAAUUGGCCCAGAAACAGUUAUGACCACUCUUUAUACUGCCAAGAAAUAUGCAGUCCCAGCCUUGGAAGCACAUUGUGUGGAAUUUCUCACCAAACAUCUUAGGGCGGAUAAUGCCUUUAUGUUACUUACUCAGGCUCGAUUAUUUGAUGAACCUCAGCUUGCUAGUCUUUGUCUAGACACAAUAGACAAAAGCACAAUGGAUGCAAUAAGUGCAGAAGGGUUCACUGAUAUUGAUAUAGACACUCUCUGUGCAGUCCUAGAAAGAGACACACUUAGUAUUCGAGAAAGUCGACUUUUUGGAGCUGUUGUACGCUGGGCAGAAGCAGAAUGUCAGAGACAACAGUUGCCUGUGACUUUUGGAAACAAACAGAAAGUUCUAGGAAAAGCACUUUCCUUAAUCCGGUUCCCACUGAUGACAAUUGAGGAGUUUGCAGCAGGUCCUGCUCAAUCUGGAAUUUUGUCAGAUCGUGAAGUAGUAAAUCUCUUUCUUCAUUUUACUGUCAAUCCUAAACCCCGAGUUGAAUACAUUGACCGACCAAGGUGCUGCCUCAGAGGAAAGGAAUGUUGCAUCAAUAGAUUCCAGCAAGUAGAGAGCCGCUGGGGUUACAGUGGAACAAGUGAUCGAAUCAGGUUCACAGUUAAUAGAAGAAUCUCUAUAGUCGGAUUUGGCUUAUAUGGAUCUAUUCAUGGCCCCACGGAUUAUCAAGUGAAUAUACAGAUCAUUGAAUAUGAAAAAAAACAAACCCUGGGACAAAAUGAUACUGGAUUUAGUUGUGAUGGCACAGCUAACACAUUCAGGGUCAUGUUCAAAGAACCUAUAGAGAUCCUGCCCAACGUGUGCUACACGGCAUGCGCAACGCUCAAAGGUCCAGAUUCCCACUAUGGCACAAAAGGACUGAAGAAGGUCGUGCACGAGACGCCUGCUGCCAGCAAGACUGUCUUCUUCUUUCUCAGCUCCCCUGGCAAUAAUAACGGCACCUCCAUAGAAGAUGGACAAAUACCAGAAAUAAUAUUUUACACAUAAUCGAGUAUUAUAUUACGUCUCGGCUAAGUAGUACCAUAUAAUCUAGUGUCAAAAGCAUAAAUAAGUGGCCACAAAAAAAUGGUUUGAGUGUUAUGAAUAUUUAUAAAUGUAAGAUAAGAAACAUUUUAGUUUCUUAGACAGAAAAAUGUUGAUUUAAAUCUCUGCAUGAUUUAAAAGCAGAUUUUCCAUUUUCUUACAACCUUAGAGGAAAAGAGAACUGGGUUUAAUUGUUUUUAAAAAGCGCAGCUAUUUCAGCUUCAUCCUAUAUAAUUUCAUAGAUCAGUUGACUCAUGGACUUUUCAAUAGUUUUGGAAUUGAAAGAUUCUUGUUAUAUAUAUAGCUGUUUUUUUGUUUUGUUUUUGUUUUAACCAUUUUGAAGGUUAGCUGAGAUGGGCAAAUAGGCUUCGCUGUUUUCAAGGUUGGAUGAGAUGAGAUGGGUCAGCAUUCUUACAGAAUUCCUAUUAACUCGAAUAACUAAUUUCAGAAAAUUAAGAAAACUGACUUUAUAUUUGGGGGUUUGAAAUAUCUGAUAGCAUUUGGAAUAAUGCUAAAAAACAGGCCUAAUAAAAUGCCCAUGAAAAUUUUCAAUGCAUUUACAGAAAAAGAUAUUUUGUAAUAGUAUAGUAUUGUGUUACUUAGUACAGUUUUAAAAUUACAAAUGGAGUUUGUAUAAAUUCACAAUAAUGUGAUAUAAACAAAGGAUCUAAAGGUACAGUCUAAGACUGGAUUCUUUAUCACUAACCUGCACCGCUGUUCCUGUCCGUGGGGUGCUGCCCGAGUCCCAGGACUGAAGCGAUGAUGGUGAUGAUGAUGUACUUCCGCAUGGCGAUAAUCCUACACAGCAAGAAAUCGGAAAAAUACUGACAUUUCUAACAACUACUCUGAGAUAUCCCACAGAAUCACUCCUGCUGAAAAGUAUGCUUUCUGCCACCUACAUGUUUCUAUCCAAUGUUAAAAUAUGUUUAAUAUUGUGACCUCAUUAAUGUCGCUGGUGCAGCUGUGCUGGGAGGAGCUAGGAAGUAUAUCUGGCAGAAGGACAUUUAUAUACUUCCUUACAGAGCAGAGUUUUUUAAUGUAAAUGAAAUAACAUUCAUUUUUUUCCCUUGAAAGUGAUUCUGUUAUAAAAAAUUUAAGUGUAAUUAAGUUUAAGGUAUGUCAUAUAGUUGUGGAAGAUAAAUGAAAAAUCACAAUUCUUUUAAGUAUCAACUUAAGGAUUUUUUCUAAAAGUAAGUAAUUAGGAUGUAAAAAAUGUUCAUCUGAAGUAAUAUUUCACUUUAUAUUUUCAAGAAGGUAGUGACGUGUGUUGGUGGCUGAGGUCUCUUGAAAUUGCUGGGAAAAAAAGGGAAAAUUUUCUAUCUCUGGUACCACAUCCUUAUGGAUAUAAACCUCAGUUAACUGGAAUACUGAUGGCAUGUAUGGUCCUGUGGAAUACAUGGUCCUGGUUAACUAAAAAUCAACCAGCAAACACUCUAGUAACCAUUACAGGAAGAACUUCACCUUAAAAAGCACACUAGGCCAGAGAUAAGUGAGUGUUUCUUAAUGUUUGAGGCAUCUCACAUGUCUCAAGUAUAUUGUACUGAACAAUGAUUGUAACUGGAUGUGGCCAUAGAAGGGACAAUAAACAGAAGUGUUCGCUAACAUUGGG